UGCUACCAAAACAAAAUCUGCAUUUGUAUCAAUACCUCUCCUUGUCGUUAGGUAGCGCCAAAGUGCCACUGCAUCCUGGUUCAACAAUAGACUGGAGACCAUUCAACUUCACAAAGAAAUAGGACUGGAUUUUCCCUUGUUUCACAAAAGCAGUCAUUCAGUCUUAAAAUUGAUAUUGUCCAGAGCUUCGGCAGCACAUAGAACACACAAAAAGGAACACUAAAAAAUAUUAUUUUAACAAAAACACAAAUUUAAAUGAUUUUUUAAAACUUGACUACCUAAACAUGAUUAAUUAACAUGCUCUGUCAUGUUACCUUUGUUAUGAAUCUUUCCUCUUCAUAUAUAUAUAUAUAUAUAUAUAUAUAUAUAUGUGUGUGUGUGUGUGUGUGUGUGUGUGUGUGUGUGUGUGUGUGUGUGUGUGUAGUUUCAGUGUAUAGGAUUCAACAGUAAAAAUACACAGUGUUGGCUUUAUGAGUUUAUACAUGUUUUUAGACAUUCCUCUGAUAUUCAAGUGUAUUCAAUAACUAUGAAAGUUAUUCAAAUAAAACAGGAAGAAUUAAAAUGGCAUCAUGCUGUACUAAGUGGACAUAUUCAGCUGGUGACAAUGGAUCACUACAAGACAGGGCUUUAUUUUUUUUUAGCCCAAAAAGUUGUAAAACAGGAUUUUACGUUUUUGUUAGAACAUUAAUAUUGUCACACUGUCACAUUGAUAACAUUAACAUUUUCACUCCAAGAAUAACACAAAUGUAAAUAUAAUGCUUGUAGUACAGCCUGCGUCUUCUUCACUGAGUCUGGUAUGGCCGUUGAGCAAAUCAAACUUGUGACCUUUGAGGAUCCAGGAUCCAGACCACAGUGUUGGCACACUGUUGAUCUUAUACUGCAUUCAUGUGACACCGAUCCACUUGGUGAUUUGGAUCUUGCUAAUCCAAACAGAUCCCCAUGUGACAUUACCACCUAGUGACUCAAGGCAAGGCAGUCACUGCAGAUGGUUUGAAUAAUUUAAAUGAGCAAAAAAAUACAAUAUGCUUGUGAUUACUGUUAAUAAAGUCACAGAGUGCAGCCCUGUAAGCUGAAAUACUGUGUGUAAAGUCAUACUGUGUGUUGCAAAUAGUAACACGUUCAUUUUAAGGACAGUCACAAUUUGAAGAUACAAUGCAAAUAGCCAUUUAGUUGCACUAGACUCUCUGUGACCUACACAGGCCCUUCCUUCAUCCACCCACCCCCCAAAACAAACCAGCUUCUAUCUUGCAGGACGCUGCACGUGUAAGUGGAAGGUACUAGCAGGUUUUACUCAGUCAGGGGUAGUUGUUAAUUGGCACCCUGCCCGGUAACAACAGCAUAGUGACACAGCUCUCACUUCCUCAUGCAAUUACACCAUUAGCAACUUUUUAAAAGGCCAAAAUUAUAACCAACUACUUGGUAUACACUUCUGGAUAUUCUGUGUCAGCCUUCCAAGUUCGGGUAGAAUGCAAUAGAUCUCCCAAAAUCAUGAGUGUAAUUGUUGUCACAUGACACGCAGCAGAAAGCCUGCCAUCCCCAAAGACCGAUGCAGAAAUCUGCUGUUGGAUUUUCAAUACCUGCUGUGAGGUAAAAGUGCUCUCCAAAGAUCUCAUUCUACCUCAUGCUGUCAGCAUGUGCGCAAAACCUUUAACCUAAUCCCUAUUAGGCCAAGACCUCUUAAAUCUGAUUAUGCAGGCUGCUAACAAAUUAGAAAUAGUCCUAACCACCUGUGGAAUCUGUGGAGAGCAGUAAAGAUUUACCAAUAUCAGUUGACCUGCAGAGUUAAUAUACUCUGAUGAACUUUUACCAACCCCUUCCUCAUUAAGCGCUCAUUCAGAUACUGUCUAAUCCUUUUAUGGACUCACCCGUUCACUCAGUUUGUUGUAUUGUCUUUGCACUUUCUAUACUGUCUUUCAAAGCAAUUGACAAAAGUCAAAUUUAUGGUCUAUAAGGUUUGUGUCUUAAAAAAAUGACAAGAAAGGUUUGCUUCAGGAUACAUAAAUAAUGACACAAAGGAAGCUGCUUUUGAACAAUUAAAAUUAUUGUCACAAACCUCACAGAAAACUUAAUGAAAAAGCAUCUUGAAAUUCAUUCAAAUGAAAGUACCUGUUGAGGUACGGUUACCCUGUGUUUCACCCCCUUUUUUUAACCUCAUGUUGAUAUGCUGAUUAAGUGUGAGCAAAGAUUAAGCAAAUUGGCCAGGAUGUUGCAUGUCCUAAAAUAGCCCUCGAACACUGCUGAGAGGCUUUGACCAGCGCUCAGAGGAGCACGAGAUGGACACUUUCUGUUGUUUUUGCUGCUAUAAUUAAGGUGAAAUGUCAACUAGACGGUAAGAUAUUUUUCAUUUCAUGUGUUGUCAUGUCUGUCUGCAUGUCAGUUAUUUUCUUUGCUACCUACAAAUAGUGAUUUGUCUGAUUAGUUCGCAUGUUUGAGGUGUGGUAGGCCGGCAUCUACAUCUACGUGUUGUUCACAGUGCUGUUGGUGGGAUGUUAGUUUAACUAUGAUCGAGCAGAAUUCGCCAUGAUGCUGAGACAAGCUUUUUUCUCUUUCCUGUGGACUGGUAUUGAGAUUUCCAAACAACACAAACUUUGCUCUUACAUAAGAUGUUAUUUUAUAAUGUGCAAAUUACGCUCUCUUCAACUGUGUAUUCAGGCCUACUCACAUUAUGCAACUCUAAAUCCAUAUUAUUUAUAAUUCUACUAUAGAAUCUAUAAAAGAUGUUAAUAUAAACACUGAAUUGCUAGUCUAACAGGCACACUUAAUCGGAUGCAGUCCAACAGAAGUUCUGCAAUAAAUCUAAGCUUCAUGAGGUGACAAUGUUCAAUUUUUGUUGAAUUUAUUUUAAAGGUGUUGACUCAACUGUGUGAUUAUUUUUACUGUGUAGUCACUGUUUAGGAGUAUACUGGCAGGAAUUUCUGUUUCCCUGUCUAACCUAUUUAUAUAAAGGUGGGUAGGCUAAGUAGCCAAGCACUCUUCUUUAUAUAAUGUAAUACAACAUUUCUUUUGUUAAACAUUUCUUUUGUUGUGCAUCUACUUCAUGCACAUUCGUUGUCCACUUUAUUUCAUGAAAACACAGUAAAUAACAGCUAAAAAUCCAGUUUUUAUGAGAUGAUGAUAGAACAAGAAACAGAGAAAACAAAGCAACCAUGCAAUGUUCAUCAAUGUAAACCUGACAUUUUAGUGAGCUUUGUUCAAAAUAAUCACCCAGACAAUUAGGAAAGAAAACUCCUGUAAAAAAUUAGAAUGUGAUGCUCUAUAAGGAUGAUAUAAGGCCAAUUCAUUUGAGUCAGUGUUUUAUUUUUCAAUAGCUGGUAUGUCUUUUCAGUUGCUUUUCAUGCAGUGGUAUAGCACAGAGCCCACUGUGUAGGCCAUGGGUAUUUUCUACAUUUUUACAAAACAAGACCAAAUGUCACAAGUAUAGAGUUCACAGCCUAAAUUUGAAAACAGCAAACACAUAAACUGUUGUUUUAAAUGUAGUCAUGACUCACACAAUAGGCUAUCCCUUUCACAAACAGCUUUACUGUUUCAACGAAGAUUACGGGCUCUGACAUUUCACUCACUCCGCUUGUCAUAGGCAACUGUCCGCACGUGCUGGCUUCAUCUAAACAGAAAUAAAAAAAUGUGUGACUUCUUUGAGUCAAAAGUCAUUAAAAUAAAGUUACCCUCCUCCUAUAAUAUGACGUCUGAGGUUCCUUCUCUGCUGUUUCUUUCCAGCCAACUCCACUCAGUAUGAGCACCACACCGGUCCAGGAGGGCCCUGCCCAGGGACUGUCCUCUAGCAGUGGGCAGACGUUACCCUCCCGACCCUUACAGCCCCUCUCUGAUCCCUCAGCUUCUAAAAGAGUCUGUUUCUACAAAAGUGGUGACUAUAAAUUCAGUGGGCAUCGCAUGGUCAUCAAUGCCCGCACCUUCAAGACAUUCGAUGCUCUACUGGAUGCUCUGUCCAAGAAAGUGCCACUGCCGUUUGGAGUGAGGACCAUCACCACACCUCGAGGAACUCACCUGGUCAAGGCUUUGGAUGACUUACAUGAUGGGGGAGCUUAUGUGUGUUCUGAUCAGAAACGGGUUAAACCACUGAACCUGGAUGAAGUGAACCGCCGGCAGGUACCCUGGAACACCACCAGACCUGUCAGCGCAGGGCGACGAAAGCGACAAGGACUCAGAUUGGGUGAGCUGGGUAGAGCGAAUGAAGCCUCCAACAGACCAGCGAAGGUCACGGAGAGGGUGGCAGUACGAACACCCAAGAGGCUUACGGUCAUCAAGAACAAAGACCCUACUGUUAAGCGCACAAUUGUGUUGCAGAGAAGAACAGCACCAACAUUUGAUGCUUUGCUGGAUUACCUCUCCCAGAUCCUGCAGUUCCCAGUACUGAAACUCUACUCUACCGACAGCAGACGAGUUGAAAGUCUCGCUGCACUUAUCUUGUGCUCUGGAGUUGUUGUAGCAGCGGGAAAAGAGCCAUUCAGAUUAGGAAACUACCAUUUUAACAGAGCUGGCCAGAUGGCAGAGGCCAUGUACGUGGAAAAUGUGGAUCCAUCGAUGUUGCAACAUAGAGCUCAAAAGAACAAAUCUUUCUCAAGUGGAAGAGGCUCAAGAAACUUCUCCUUGUCAUCUGAGCGAUAUAUCGUAAAUCAGAUAAACAAGUCUCAAACUGGAGGCAUGAAUGGCCACCUGCAUCAGCAGCAUGGACCAUUUGAAGCAGACGUUCACCAGCAUCAAAUAGAGGCAUCUGGGAGGGGAGCUAGCUGCAUUGUACCUCAGGAUGAUGACAUUGAAAAGUCUUUCCGCGUGAAUCAAGAUGGCAGUAUGACAGUGGAGAUGAAAGUUCACCUAACCAUUAAGGAAGAGGAGAUGCUCCACUGGACAACCACACUCAGCCGCUCCAGCCUCAUCAAGAGGUCCGUUUGUACCUCUAUUCCUGAGUCAGGUAACAGCUCCCCCGACUCAAACACUGCUGUUGCCAAAGCAUCCCUUAGUACCAGUGGGGAUGAAGCAAAAGAGGAGAACUAUCCUGCUGGAGCUGGGAAGGGCGUCGGCUUUAAUGAGCAAAUAUAUGAAGGCUACACUUCAGCACCUUUGGGAAAAGUAAAGAAAAGUUUCAAGCGCACCUCUACGCCAGGUCCUCGGCAUGUUAAUAAGACAGCGUCUGUCGAGAGUGUAAAGAUGGUUACAGAGACAGGGGUUCAGGAGAGCACCCUGGGACAUUACUCCUACAUGGAGAGGACGGCUGAUGGCGAGACAACAGAGGGAUACUGCGUGGUGAGACACAGCAGCAGCAGCAGCAACAGACCAAUCCCUAAACCUCGGAAAACUGCAUCAGCAGGAGGGAGGAACAAACACUCCAACUCCUCCAUCAGGUCGUCAGGAGUAGCUGAGGUCCUUCAGAUAGAGAACAAUGGGAUGGAGGUUACAGAGACUGUGAUGCAUAUUUAUGAGAGUCAAGGUUGCUAUGACAACUAUUUUGCAAAUGAUGAAUAUAGUGCAGAUGACCUUCCUUUGCAUGGCUCCACUGUGUUGCCAGAAAGCAAGCCGUCCACUGACUCAGGGCCUCGUUCUUCUUACAAUGAUUGUGAUAUAGAUUGUAGCUGGCAGCCACCCACUGCUGAGUCACUACAAAGGCAGAAAGAGGAGAUGUUAUCACUAUCAUCAGAGCCAGUAUCUCCCAGACAUCAGAUUACAAACAAUCUGUCUUCAGUGACUCAGAACGAAGUCCAAACUGCAACUAAUUCACAAAGUCCAGAAACAGUAAAAAAAGACAACAGUUCAAAAAGUAUGAAGAAGAGAAAGAUAAUCAGUUGUUCUCGCAAUCAGAAAAGCUCAACUUCAACAAGCAGCACAGAUAACAAAGCAAAGGAACACAUAAUCAGCUCCUCAAAAAACAGCAAACAUUCAUCCACUGACAAGCUUAGCAGUCAUUCCAGUGUGCGAAAAAAGAGUCUGAAUUCUUCAGACAGUGCUAAAAGUGGUCAAAACAGAGAAGGAGCAGCAAAGAAAGCAGAAAUGUCUCAGUCUAAGAGAUCAAUCAAAGAUGAAAAGAUGCCCAGGAAAGACUUGGCCUUAUUAGGUAGUUCAGAAAAUGUAAAAAGAACGCCACCUAAACGACAAAUCAUGACCAAAGCAGUUGGUAAGGAUAAUGGCCAUAAUAUCAAUACUGCAACUGGAAGGCCUCAAAUGAAAAAGAACAUGUCAGACAUUUUACAAACAAAAAAAUCUUCCUUGACAAGCCAAAAAUUAAUUAGCAAACCAAAAUCUAUGAUUGAAAACAGAAUAUCACCACCCAAAAAAUCUUUAGAGCUGAGUGAGAGUGUUUCGAUGCCUGCUCUCAAUCCUUCACCCUCCCAAAUCCACCAAUAUGUUGAGGACUGGUUGGAGAAAGUCACCCCAGAAGCAGAACCGGACAUGGAGGAGGCAAUCAAAGAUGGAGCAGAGUGUCGGCCCAAUGUUGUAUUUCAGAUUGGUGGUGAUUCUGAAUCAGAUGAAAAGACUGAAUGCCAGGCUACUAUAGAUGAAUGCUCUCCAUCAGCCGGUGAUGCAAUCAAGAAGUCAGCUUCUUCUCUGUCAGUUCCGUUUAGUUAUGAAGGGCCGGCUCAGCUGCACAGUGAACAGAAAGCACGAGUUUUAUGUGUUUCAAUGCCAAGUGUGAGAGUUGACCCCACACACUAUGAGAGCAACCUGAGAUCACACAAAUCUGCAGAAGAAAUCUGUGCAGCUGACAAUGAAGCAUCUUCAUCCUACAUUUUGAGCCCCAAAGCGAAGGUUAAACCUGUUCUGCGGCAACUUUGUUCAUCAAUUCAGUGCAUCAGAAGAGCAUCUGACAUCAACACACCAUCCAAUCUUGAGAAAUCCAACAGUGUUCCUGAUUUCCCAACACAAGUAGCCUCAGUGUUCGGCUCAUCGUGUAAAGCCUUCAUGACAUUCUUGUCAGUCAUGACUUUGAGAGACAACCUAAAUCCCCCAGCAUCAGGAGAAAGUAGCCAAUCUAGGAGCACCUCUGAGGCCAUGCUAAUGAUGGAGUCCCUGCAGAAAAUUUCUGCCAUUGAGGAUGACGAGGAGCAAAGAGCAAGUCUGACUGAUUUGCAAAGCAGAGCAUCUUCUCAGCUCAGAGAGCGCUGGAAGAAUUUCCAGAUUCUGAGGGAAAGGUUUGAGAGUGAGCCGCUUUCUCCUAAAGUUUCAGAAACUGAGUUUGCACUGGAUGUUGUAUCUGAAGGUGGAGAUGUCUUUGAUGAGCGCAUAGAUGAGCUGAUGGAUGAACUAAAUAUGCCAGAAGACCUCAGAGCAGAGAUCACUUCGACAUUCCAACAGGCUAAAAGUUUUUACCCUGUAGAGGAGAGCUCGCUAAUGGAAACUGAUAGACACCACUCGGACUCCGAGGAAGAUGUGGAGCAAUUUGUCAAACAAGAUGAAACCAAACUAUCAGCAGAGCUUGAUAGUACAAAUAUAGCUGAAGAUGUUUCUGAGACUCUACAGGGCAAUGAUGAAGCAGAGAUAGACUACCUAAAUAAAAUGGAUACCCCAGAAGAACAGACAAUCAGAGAGUUAGAACAAGAACCUAAUGAAAUUCAGGUAUCACAGACAGAAAGAGAUGAGUCAUCAAUAGACAAACAGAAUGAUAUAGAAGAGAAUAAUGGAGAAGUGGAGGAGUUAGAGGGGAUGAAGAACACAGAGGUGUUGGACAGUGAGGAUGAAGAGAAUAAAAAAGACGAUAGUGAAAGGGAGGACGAGGCAGCAGCGGAGGUGGUGGAGGAUGAUGAAAAGAAUGAUGAGCUGGAGGAAUGGAAAGCAGAGAAAGGAAGUGGUGAAGAAUCUGUUGAGAAAGAAGAGGAAGAAUCAGAAGAAGAGAUGACAAUGGAUGAAGGUGAGGUGGACGAAGGAUUAGAAGAGGGUGAGAAGGAAGUAGGUGAGGAAACAGAGGAGGGAUCAGUGGAUGAGGACACAGGAGAGGAUGAUAGCGUUGAGGAGACAGAUGAGAGAGAGGGGGAUGAAGAGACGGUGGAAGAAGAAAACAGUGAGGAAGAGGAGACUGAGGAGAAGCAAGGGGAUGAAAUUAGUAAGGAGAAAGAAGAUGAGGAGGAAUUGGAUGAAAUUAUGGAGGAAGCAGAUGAAGAGGAGGAACCAGAAAAUAAACACGAAGUGGAAGAGGAGGAGGAAGAAAAAGAUGAAAAAUCAGAGGAGGAAGUGGAGGAGGACACUGAGGUGCAUGAUGAGGAAAAAGAAAUGGAGGGAGUUAUUGAGGAAAAGGAUGAGGAAGAGGAGGCAGAAAAUAUAAAUGAAGAGAUAGAAGAGGAGGCUGAAAAUAUAACUGCAGAGAUAGAAGAUGAGGUAGAAAAUAUAAAUGAAGAGAUGGAAGGGGAGGUUGAAAAUAUAACUGCAGAGAUAGAAGAUGAGGUAGAAAAUAUAAAUGAAGAGAUGGAAGGGGAGGAGAGAGAAGAUGCACAUGCAGAUACUGCGAAAGAUGUAGAGGAGGAGGUUAACGAUGAGGCAGAGCGAGAAGAAGAAAAAGAAAUGGAGGUAGAUAUUGAGGAGGAAGAUGAGGAACAUGAAGAAGAUGUUGAGGAAAAAGAAGAGGAAAAAGAACAGGUGACAGAAGUGGUUAGUGAGGAAAAUGAGGACGAGGAGAAGGAAGAAAGAGAACAAAAGGAGGAACAUGGAGGUCAGGAUAGUGAGGACGCUGAGAUAAAAAAUACAGAAGAAACCAGUGUAAAGGUGAUCACAGAUGAGGAAGAAGAAGAUUGUGACAAAGAUGUAGAAGAAGAAGAAAAGUAUGUUGAAGUUGAAGAUAGUGGGAACAUUACAGCAGAUUCAGUAGAAGAGAGAGAACCAGUAGAGGAGUUAGAGGGUGAAGAAAAUGUGACAGCAGGGCAAACUGUAGAUGAAGAAGAGAGGAAUGAUGAUGAUAAAGAGUUUGAUGAGGAGUUAGACCAGGUGGAAGAACAAUCAAAGGAUGAGGCAGAUGAAGUAAAUGUUGCUGAAGAGAGUUGUGCCGAUGAUGAGGAUUGUAGAAGCAUGCCAGAAGAGGCCUUUCAUCAGCAGCAGCAUGACAGUAGCUGUGAAGAAGCAGAUUCACAACAAAACACUGAAUCACCAACCAAAUAUUCGUCUGAGGGCCAGUGUGAGGAUGACAAAGGUAACGGGACAGACACUGUUAAUGAGACAGACGAGGCAGGAGAGCGCUGUGAGGAAGGAAGCAGCAGUACAACUCAUCCGGUGGAAAUAUCACAGGAGUUACUUGACUUUGUGAACAAUGCCCUUCAGUCUUCUUCACUUGUAUUCACAUAUGACACUCAAGGAAACAUUAGGAUAGAGCCUGACAAUGCUCGAGUGACACAAAAUAAGCAAACUGUCAUUCCAAAAACUAGAAAGGAUAGUUCGUACGGUUUGAAACGUCUUCCAAGUCCAAGCACCUCUGAUUUGUCUGAUUACAGACCAGAAACAUCGGAGAGCGGUGGAUAUAAAACUCAAGAGUCUGUAGAUAUUGUCUCAGAGAGUGGAGAAGAGGGUUCAGAGAAGGCUUCUCCAGUCCACAAAGAUUCAGCACACAGGACUGCGAGAACAAAUGCACAGCAAGCAAAAGUUUCCGUUGCAAGUAAUUCAGAAGCCCUGCACAGUUCCCAGCAAAAAGGUUCAGGAAGUUUUUCUUCAAGUGACUCAGCCACUAAAGCUUUGGGAGAGGAUAUGUCUUAUUUUAGUGCUGCGAGCUCAUCUAAAACAGACGCUGCAGCCGCCAUACAGGCCACACAGAGUACUUCUUUUGUCUCAGAAAAAGACACAGCUGAUGGGGUUUUGAUUGAUCAAGGCAGAUGGCUCCUAAAAGAAAACCAUCUCAUCAGAAAAUCUCCCCCAGUCUCACUGGGAAUGUAUGGUAACUUGGACAGCACAUCCAUAGACACAGGUCAGGAGAACAACGGCGAAGACUCCCCGGUUCAUAGUAAAACCCAGCACAGCCCUCUUGCAGCCAUAUCCUCGUCAGAGCUCGAGGAGAUGGCAAAGCCUCAAACUCCACGGUGCACCUACUUCAACAUGCCACACGGAAGCGAUUCGGACCCCUUCAUGGAUGACUCCUUUGUCAAAAGUGGGAAAAAGGAUUCAAUCAGCUUUAAAGGUAGAGGUGUCCGGGUGUCACCUACGGUUGACACCUCCAAAACUUGGGCAAAUAAAAAUGGCAGUCUGUCUUCAUUUGCAUCCGUAGAGUUUAAAAUAUCAGACAGAAAAGUGCAUCCUGAGGGGGAAUCCUCAGCUGUGACACAGGCAAGAAGGACAUCUAGUGGAGGAGGGCAUGCACUGCAAGCCCAGGACUCACUGGAAACACUGCAUGUGAGAUGUGGCCAAUACUGCCCUAUACUAUGAAAACAGACACUUUAUUCACAUGUGCUUGUUUAUGGUGUAUUGUCAGUCUUGGCUAGGAUUGUUUUCUUGUAAUGCAGCUAGAAAAGGUUUUGACAUUGUACUUAAACAAUCUUGAACAAGAACCUUUUGCAGCUUCCCCAAACCUGUGGACGUGUGUUGUGAAUGAAGAGAGCUGUGCCUCUAAUUUAUGUUGAAUGUAGUCAAAACUCUUCAUUUCCACACAGUAAUUUCAUGUGAUAGCAUAACAUCAGCAAAAUAAGAAAUACUUCAGUUUGACCGAUUUGCCGCUCCUGUACUGUUCAUCACUGUAUUAAGUAUUAUUACAGGAUCCAACAGUUUCUUCUUGAAUGUCAUAUAAUGCAUCUGAGGAAGAACUGCAUCUGCCAAAGAAAGCAGAUUUCAUUUCCUGUGUUGCUUUUGAUUUUAUUGUUUGUUUGGAUUCUUCCAAAAUGUGAAAUACAUGUUCAUUUUAAGAACUUAUUUUAAAAAAAAUGAACAACUGACUAACAUGGAAAAUUAAAUGCAUAAAUGAAUGAAAAGGUCACUUUAACUCACCAACAUUCAAAUCAUGCUGUUCACAUGUCACUGAUAAAUUACACUACCGUUCAAAAGGUUGGGGUCACUUACAAAUGUCCUUAUUUUUGAAAGAAAAACUUUUUUUUUUCCAAUGAAGACCACAAUAAAUUAUCCAGAAAUCCAGUUUAGAAAUUGUUAUUGUUGUUAAUGACUAUUCUACGGCUGAUUUUUAAUGGAAUAUCUCCAUAGGGGUACAGAGGAACAUUUCCAGCAACCAUCACUCCUGUGUUCUAAUGUUACAUUGUGUUAGCUAAUGGUGU